AGAAGAAAUAAAACACCUGAUUUUAAUGGAGCAUGGCUUCGUGGAUUGCCACUGUCACAUAUCAGCCCGUGAAUUUGAAGAGGAUCUGGAGGAUGUGAUCCAGAGGACCACAGAGGCCGGGGUAAAGACUCUAGUCGCCGUUACGGAAGAGGUCGGAGAGUUCACCAGAGUCCUCCAGCUGCAGGAACGUUAUCCGGAUCUGGUGGCUCCAUGCUUCGGCAUCCAUCCGCUGCAGGGCGGCGGGGGCUCGGAGCAGCGCAGCGUGAAGCCUCAGGACCUGGAUGCUGCCCUGCCACAUUUCUACAAACACAGAGAACGCCUCGUCGCUGUCGGAGAGAUUGGUUUGGACUUCACGCCGUGGUGUGCUCCCACUCAGCAGGACAGAGACGACCAGAUGAAAGUCUUCGUUGAACAGCUCAACAUCGCCAAGGAGCUGGAUCUGCCCGUGAACGUCCACUCGCGAUCAGCUGCUAAGGUCACCAUAGCAACCAUGAAGGAACAAGGUAUCAGUCGAGCUCUGCUCCAUAACUUUGCGGGGAAGCCGUCUGCGGCUCUGGAAGGCGUGAAGGCCGGUUACCUCUUCUCCUUUCCACCCGCCGUCUGCAGGAACCAGCAGAGAGACAAACUGAUCCAGCAGAUCCCGAUGGAACACAUCUGUCUUGAAACGGACUCUCCUGCACUGGGGCCGGAUCGUCAUGUGAGGAAUGAGCCCCGCAACAUUGUCCUGUCCUGCCGCCACAUCGCUCGAAUCAAAGGUGUGUCGCCACAAACCGUCCAGCUCGUCGCAGCACAGAAUGCUUACAGGCUGUUCCCGAAGGCGGUAACGCUCACACACAGCACACACCUUAUUUAAAACUGUAACGUUACCUUCACCUCCAGCCUCAUCA